AUGAAGUACCUCUCUGCUCUUGCUUUGGCUUUCGCUGCUUCCUUGACUGUCGUCUCGGCUAGUCCAGAAGCUAUGAUGCUCGCCACCCCUCCCGGUCAGGGUCGUUCCAGCCGCGGCGUUCGUUCCGUCAUCACUGGACACAAGAUUCGCUCUCAUGUCCACCAUUCGCGUAAACAACACACCGACGACGAUCUCCUCGCCCUCAACCGUCGCUUCAACAAUGCUACCUUGAACGCCGACGAAGAGGAGGUCACUGCCAUCGCCGACCUCCAGAAGCGCAAGAACACCUGCACUUCAAAGAAGGCUAACGCUGCCACCGCCAAGUACCGCACCAACGCUGGCGCGUCCUCCGACUCCAGCUCGAGCAGCUCCAGCUCCAGCUCCAGCUCCAGCUCCAGCUCAAACUCUAGUUCCGACUCUGGCUCUUAUUCGUCUUCCUCGUCCUCCUCGUCCUCCUCCUCUUCAUCGAGCAAUGGCUCAUCAUCUAGCUCUAGCUCCUCCUCCUCAUCCGGCUCCUCAUCCUUCUCUCCCUCCACUUCCAAAUGGAAGCUUGUCAAGUCGUACGCCGGCGACUCUUUCUUCGACGACAUGGACUUUUUCACCAACGCCGACCCCACCCGUGGCUCCAUCACCUAUGUUGACAAGAACUCGGCCCAGAACAAGGGUCUCAUCUACACCAGCAAAGGCAAGGCCACCAUGAAGAUCACCGCCGACAACGGCUGGGCUCAGUCGGUCCGCAUCAACACCAAAGACUCGUACACCACCGGUAUCUUUAUCCUCGACGCGGAGCACAUGCCCGUAGGCUGUGGUAUCUGGCCUGCCUGGUGGUCCACCCCUACCAACCCACCUGGUGGAUGGCCUAACGGAGGUGAGAUUGACAUGAUCGAAGGUGUCAAUGACUACUCGUACAACACUUACUCGAUCCACACCACCGGCGGCUGCUCCGUGCCCGCCAAGCCUAACAUGUCGGGCAGGUUUACCUUGCAAAACCACCUCGCCACCAACUGUGCUUCAGACGCUACCGACAACAAGGGUUGCGGUGUCACCUCGACAAAGGGUGGCGACUUUGGGGUUGAGUACAACAAGAACGGCGGCGGUGUCCAUGCCAUGUACUGGUCCGAAUCCGACGGCAUCUCGACCUACUUUUUCCCCAAGGGCUCCGUCCCCGAUGACAUUAGCUCUGGCUCGCCCGACCCGUCGCAAUGGGGUCAGCCCCAGGCGCAUUGGGCCGCAAGCCAGUGCAACAUUGGCAACUACUUUUACAACCACGUCCUCGUCUUCACCAACACCAUGUGCGGUGACUGGGCUGGCUCCGGCGCUGUUUGGAGUAACGCGAUGAACGGUCAAUCGCAAUCUUGCAGCGCAAGCACUGGCUCGAGCUCGUGCCAUGCUUACUUGAGUAGCAACCCAGACAUGAGCGAAGCUUACUGGACCAUCAACUCGCUCAAGGUUUACCAGACCUCUCGUCGAUCCUAA